UAUCCGACUGGUUCUUCCAGGGGCAAUCUGAGAGUCAGGUGGUGCCUUCCCCGAGACUGCUGUGAGAUGGUGUUCUGAGUGCAGAAUGUUUGUACCAGGAUGGAGAAGCAUUAGCGGACGGAGAAUGUCUUAAAAGGUUUUUUUUUUUAAGUCAGAGAAAAAUGAUUCUUCUCCCGGGCACCCAGCAGUUGGACAUUCGAAUGCCCUUUCCAGAUGAGAUUAAGUACACCAUUUUGGGUAUCUCGAUUCUGCUCUUCUUGAUAGCAAUGGGCAUUCUUAUCUGGCAAGUUCACAAAUGCUGUUCCAAGGCUCAUUAUUCAAAGGAUUCAGUUAGCAGCUUGGUGGGAGCAGAUGAAUUGGACCAGAGUAGAAGCUCCUAUCUUGACAUUCAGAGGCCAAGAUUUAAGGAGGAGUUCGCCCAUGACCAGGUGCGCAGGCUGAGCCGCUACCUGUCCCAGGACUCCCUGCCAGCCUCGAUGCUGAGCGGCAGCCUGGAGAGCCUGGAGGACCAGGAGAGCGAGGACGAGCCGCAGAUGCGCGGCUCGCUGCGCUUCUCCCUCUACUACGACCAGCUGCAGGGCCGCCUGGUGGUGACCGUCCUGGAGGCCCGGCAGCUGCCCCUGCGCGAGUUCAGUCACAGCGUGGACCCCUUUGUGCGCGUGCGUCUGCUGUGGGCCAACGAGGCGAACGAAGAAGGAGACACCGAGGAGGAGGAAGAGGAGGUGGAGGAGAGGAGGACGACGGCGAGGAAGGAGAAGAGCUCCGUAAGCGUCCGGCCACAGCAGUGCGUCCUUCACGAGUGGCAGUCGCGGCUGGUGAAGAACAGCAGCAGCCCGGCCUUCGGGGACCAGUUCUCCUGCUCACUGGCUGAGGAGGAGGUGCACCGUGUCACUGUCAAACUAGAGGUUCGAGACUUUGAUAAGUAUUCCAGGCAUGGGAUUCUGGGGGAGGUUCGCAAACCGUUGAGUAAUUUGAAUAUUUCAUAUCCUCUGGAGAUGUGGCAGGAUCUACAACGACCCACAAAGGACUUGGUUGGUGAAGUGCUCCUCUCUCUGAAGUACAUGCCUACAUCACAGAGGGUGGAAGUGGGUAUCCUGAAGAUCAGGAUCAUUUCAAAGUCCAGCAGAACAGACAGAGCACUCUAUGUCCGGACCAGUGUCCAGUGCAACCAGUGCAAGCUCCGCCACCAGAAAACUGCGCCCAAGACCCUGUGGGACGUGACCGUUUUUAACGAGGUCAUGAUUUUCGUGCUGCCUGACCCUCCGGUGCGGGACUGCACCAUCGUGGUCAAUGUAUAUGAACUGAACCCUGGGAAGAAAUCAUCGAAGCGCCUGAUUGGCCAACUAACAAUAGGGAAGGGGAGACAGUCAGAGGAUGAACACUGGAAGCUGAUGAUGCGUUCGCUUCGCCAACCAAUUGCAAAGUGGCAUCUACUGUAUGUAUGAAACUAGUGAACUAUUUGUGUUUCUGUCUUAUCCUGUAUUACUCCUUGAGCCAGACCCCCUAACUUUGGUAAAUCAGUACCAUUAAAGGGGAAUAAGUCUCAUAGAGAUUUUUGACAAGAUAUAUCACCCUAGAAUUAGGAAAUGUGAUAGCAUUGCAUUUUUGGUAGCAUUUUGUGUUUUAUCAGCCGGUUUAUAUCCAUUAUACGUGGAGAAAAAUCGGCUGUAUGUUAUGUAAAGUAUGUAAAUGACUCAUUAUCUAAUAACACUGGAUAAAGUCAAGUUCAAAAUUCUUCUUUUUGUUUUUCAUUUUGGACAGUGAAAUGUUAUUACAGUGGGUGUUUUGAAUUUGGUUAUUUUGAAUAGAUACUGCCAAUAGCCAUUUUUUUUUUCUUAACCCAACCACCACCCCCCCCUUAUGGGGACCUAUAUUAUAAAGCCAAAAUAUAGCAGUUGAAGGACAGUACCAAAAUAAGUGUUCUGUAGUCUCCUCCUCCUCUAAACAGAAACGUGUCAGGAUCUGUCCCGGACUGUUAAGUUUCUUGCACUUGGGUCCUCCUGCACAACCCUGACAAAACGACAGAAUGGAUUUGUCUCUAUCCCCCAAAUAUGCAGCAUUUUCUGUGUGUUUAAGUAUUUAAAAAUUAACUAAUAUUGGAAAAAAACAUUUUUAUAUCUAAUGAUGCUUCAUACAAUUUACUGAAGAUUUCUUUCAAUGGAAGAGGACAAUCUAUCAUUUUUUCCCAGCUAUUAAAAUUUUUACAUGGGAACUCCACCAAUUUAUCAGUUUGUAGAUAAAACAUAUAUAUUUCCUUGUUAAAUUUUGUUUUAUCUAGCCAUUUGUUCUGCUUUAUAUUUGGUCUACACACUAAAUUAUUAUCAGAGCUGGUUUUCAUUUUUUGUUUCCAACUUAAAGGCAGGGACGCGGUUAAUUGAUUAUACUAUUGAAUAGUACAUACCUCCCCAUACCUAAUUCUUAAUUGUUUAUAUGGAAGGAUCUCGCAUUUUUCAUUCACAAUAUCUUUAACAAAAAUAAUUCCUUUACUAAACAUUUGCUUAAAAAAGAUAACUUGUCCUCCACUUAAUAUAUUUGAAUUAAACCAUAACAUUUGUUGCAAUAUUUCUUCUGUUUUUUCAGGAGGAUAAUACUGAAAAUGUAGCCAGCUGCCAAUAGCCAUUAAAGAACCUCUAUUAUUGCCAUAUUCACAACUCUGAACCAGAAAUUGCCAUUUUAAUUUUAAUUUAAACUGUAUGUUUCCAGAUAUACUCCUACAUGCUGGAGGAUUUUAUAGAGGAGAUUGUUCAUAUAUGAUUUGUGACCUAUAGUAUGGAAAGUAAAUACAAGAUAUAACAUGGGUUUUCAGCAAAUGUAUGAACACAUACCUUUGCCAUAGCUAUGUACCUGACUUUACCCAAUGUUAGGAUAUCUAUACUUUAAAUGUAUGCCAAUUAUUGCAUAUUUCAUUAGAUAAUGGCUCAUUUACAUAUGCAUACAUAAUAUUUCAGAAAACUUCCUAUACAAAAAAAUAUUGACAUCAUGUAAAUAAUCAGCUGCGGAAGGUUUGUGUGGAUAUCUAUUAGUUAAGAUGUCUAGCCUAUUUACCUAUAAUAUAUCCCUCAUAAGCGUAUAAUAGAUAUAAACAGGGUGAUAACACACAGAAAGCUACUACCAAUGCAAUGCUUUAACUUAUUUUCUAACUCUAGGGUGGAAUACCUUGACAAAAAUCACUAUGAGACUUACAGUAUUCCCCUCAGAUGGUACCGACCGACCCUUCUGGCUCAAGGACUAAUCUAAGGACAUUGCAUUUAUAUGAGACAUGGCUAACUUCUUUUGCCACAUUUGUAUGGAGUCCUCCUGACUUCAGCACACACUUGUGCAUGCACUAAGUUAGUGCUUACUGGAAACUGUUUGCACCUUUUAUGUCAUUCUUUUCGUCUGUGUUCAUCUUUAUCUUUACGACUGUUUGAAUUUGGUUAUGUAUCACUAAGCUAUUAAACAGCCUGUAGUCAAGUCAA